UUUACUGAAGCGCGGAAACCGACCGGACUAAAUAGAUCCGGGUUCGUUCGGAUGAUCACACCCUCUGCAGCCAAUAGGCUGGUGAGACAGCCAUCUGACCUUAGUGUAUAGUUGUUCAUGUGUUGAACAUACUCGUCGCCAUAGGACAGGUUAACAGAGGUUGUCAGACUGUCCCAGGAGCAGGUACUUGCGUCAGUGAGGCAGUGUGUUGAGAGUGUGUUGAGAGACAGUACCUUGUGUUGCUGAGGUUAAGGCAGUUUACCAGUCACAGUUACCUAGUUGAAGAUGUCCGCUGUGGUGAUGUGGCUGUGUGUGUUGAGUUGUGUCAUCACAUAUGCAUCAGCAACUGGAAGGGAGAAAAGGCAGCUGACGCCAGUCAAGCCAUCCUGUGAUGUAAUGGGCCCUUGUUUCUUUGGCUCAUUUUGUAACAACGGUGGGACAUGCAAGACGAACAUGACGACAUGUGGCAUCUACUGUGUCUGUAAGCCAGGGUUCACAGGAAAACUUUGUGACACAUGUGAGACCGACCCGUGCGCUGUCAACUCAACCUGUCAGAAUGGAGGGACCUGUGAAAACAAAGCCUGUGAACCAAAAUGUAAGUGUCCUUCUGGGUAUAUGGGGGAUCUUUGCGAAACGCCGGCCCCUUCGACGACCCUGACUGUCACGUCGCCUACAACGAAUCAAACGGCACCGUCAAGCACCGAUACAGGGUGUAGCGUGGACAUGUGUCUGUAUGACAACCCAUGCACUAAUGCCGGAACGUGUGCGGACUGUGGUACAUCCUGCAUUUGCACUAUGGAAUAUACUGGACGGUUUUGUGAAACGCUACUGUCAUCUACUUCGAAAGCGGAAACUACAGUCAGCGCAUCAACAGCAUUUGCACCAACAAUGUGUAAGAGCGGUUAUUUCUGUUUCCAUGGCGACUGUUUAAUAACAAGUAGCGGUACAAGAUGCGACUGUCACAAAGGUUUCACUGGUCAGUUUUGCAAUUGGCCAUGUGACCUUGACUGUGGGGACAAUGGAAAUUGCAGUCGCCUUGACAUCAGCAAACCUGAGUUCUGCAACUGUGUCUCACCUUACACCGGUGACGCCUGCACGGACGUAAUCCAAAGAACACGCAUUAUUACAGUAACCGGAAACUGGAAAUCCUGGCUGAUUGGGUGUAUAAUUGCACUAUUGGCCGUCCUCGGGUCCCUUGUCCUCGUGGCCUAUGUCCUCAUGAGGAAGAGGAACAUCUUCAUCAUGCGAGUCCUAUACUACUUCCAGCCUCACGAGGAUGAUGAUGGAAAGGAAUUUGAUGCUUUCAUAUCGUACAAGUCCUCACCAGAAGAUGAGACGUUCGUUUAUAGGACUUUGUAUCCCGAGCUGGAAAAACAACGGGGCUUCAAGCUGUGUUUGCAUCAGAGAGAUUUUGUCCCAGGAGAAACUAUAGCAAACAACAUCCUAUGGGCCAUCGAGAAAAGUCGGAGAACGAUUCUGGUUCUGUCCCCGAAAUACAUGGAGAGUGACUUUACCAGGUUUGAGUACCAGGUUGCACACAAUGAGAUGCUGAAGCAGAAACACAAGGUCAUCCCUCUCCUUCUGGAGGACAUCAGUCAACAGAAGCAUCUCACAGACAGAACCCUCACCAGCAUCCUAAAGUCGAUCACCUACAUAGAGUGGCCUCGGAACGGAGAAGAGAAUAAGCUCAAGACAUUCUGGCGAAGGCUUGAACUCUCUCUGCCCAAAAGGAAGUCCAGGUCCAUUGAAGAUGGCGGGACAGACACUAAAACAUCAAGGCCUACAUCUUAUGCAAAUUCUGCUUUUGAAUCCAGUCCGGAAUCUUUCAGUCUGGAACGAAGUGGGGAAAAGUCAGAAAAAGAGGUUUUUAAGAUACAGGAUAACUUGCAAGGAAAACAGGGUCCAGCCAAGGACGAUUUAGAGAAGAUUGAUCUGGUGGUAGAAACUGAAGAAAGUAAGAAGCCAUCGAGCAGUAAGAACCUGAAGGACUUUUUCGCAGAACCAUGUAAUGAUGAUGUGUUUAAUGCAAUGCGUGAAAGUUCAGAGAGACUGGAACAAACUUUAGAGGUGUAACGCUAAGCCAAUAGGAGCCAGGAAAAAGAGUGCUACGCGCUUGUGUACACACGGAUUUGAACCAAAAUGACUAUUUCAGCCAUGUAAAUAUAUGUAUGUACUUGCAACUGUAUAGAAGACAAUAUUACCAUGAUAAUGUACAGCUUUCAAUUCUAAUUGGUGUAGCAGAGUAUCAAGUCAUAAUAUAUUAACUUGUACAGCUGCUUAAUUUGAUCGAGUGGCAAAUGUUUUGAAGAGAAAAUCACAUGAUUCUGAUAAUUUUCGGUUGUUUGUGGAAAUAGAAUAUAUCCGAUUUCAGGCGGCCUGGCUUUUGUAAUUUUGUGUACCUAGACAUUCUAUUUUCAUUCAAGGGCUUGCCAAAGUCUUGAUAAGACAGGAGCAAACCACCGGAAGCAGACUUUUUUAUUUGAGAGUUCAGUUCGUAUUGAACAAAUAAACAAGUGACCCUCACAAAUAUCAUUUCACAUCACCAAUUACUUAUGUGUAUCUUAUUUUCUUAUGGUGUCAGUGAAGAAAACGAGGAUUCUGAAUUUAUGAAUUAUUGUGUUGUUUUCUGAAUUUAUCAUUAACAGAUGUAAAAUACCUGGAAAUGACCGUCAUGUUAAUAUAUUCCGAAAGGUUUGUUAUUACGCCACAAAGUACUGAAGUAUAUCAAGUAUCCCAUUGCAUCAAACUAAAAACUGUUCUUAAUGUCAGUUAAGUUAUUUUUUGUUGGAGACAAUAUCCCCUGAUACACCUGUCGACGUGGUAGUGUCAAGGCUUGUAAAAACGUGGAAUCAUUAUGUAAUAAAGAUGGAAAAACCACAAAAAAA